AUGCAUCCUCUCUUCAGACUGGUCUUGGCACAGAAGGACCUUUCCCGGGCAGGCGACCUCUUCUCCUUAACUGACACAGAGAUUGAGGACAGCCUGACGGACGCACUGGAGCAGCUCCAGGCCAUCAGCUCCUCCCCGGACUACCCAGCCAACACCAAGGCCCAGGCGGUGGUAGAGAUCUGUGUGAUGCGGGUCACUGCAGCCAUUAGAGGCACUGGCUCCAUCGAAAGGCAUGCACGGGCACUCGUGGGACUCUGGGCCUCAUGCUUGGAGCAGGAGCUGCACUCAGCCAGGCGGGACGAAGACACCCCUCACACCAAGAUCGCCUCUGAUGUACUCAGCUGCAUCUUACAGAAUUACAGCCGAGCCCCCGUGAUGGCAUUAGCUGUGCCUGUUGCAGUGAAGUUCCUGCAGUGGGGCAGAGGCACGUUGGGCAGGACCAUGUCCAACUAUCUGUCCCUGGCUGCCGUGAGUCAAGCUGAGCUGCUGGCAGAGCACACAGAAGCCAUCGUGACGAGCAUCCUGCAAGGGAACACAGUGCUGCUAAGGGUGCUUCCCGCUGUGUACGACAUGCAGCCUCAGCCCAUCAACAAUCACCUGUCAGAACUCCUGGCACUGCUGGCACAGCUGGAGCAGUCAGAGCAGUACCACCUUCUUCGGCUGCUGCCCCAGGCCGCUAAGAAGAAGCAAGUAGAGGCAGUUGAGACAUGUGUCCCUCUGCUCGUGGGGCACCUGCUGGAUUCACCGCACCCUGAGGUCAUUUUGAACACACUUCUGGAGAUCGCAGGCCACACCCCGGCAGCCCUGAGGAGCUCCCUUCCUGCACUGGCUCAGGCAGCAGAGAGGUGCCCUAGCCUCCUGGGGCAAAUGGCAAGAAUCUACAGUGCAGUGGGGCAUCUGAACGAGGAGAGCGCCCGGAGCUGCCUGCCCUUCCUCGUAGCUCAUCUGGCCAGCACAGGGCACUCGUGCCACCACGUUCUGCUGCUGGAGAUCAAGCACCUGACAGAUGCCUUUGCUGCCAUCCUGGGACCACAUGGCCAGAAUAUCUUCCGUCUAAGCAACAGUUUCAUGGUCAUGGCCAAGCUCCUUGCCCAACAGCUGAACACGAACAAGGUCCGAGGAGACAAGGAUAAAUCCAGCGCCAAAACUGACUCCCCUGAGAAGCUAGCAGUCACUAAGUUGACACUGGUUGAAAAAGAAGACGCUGGAAAACUGCAAGUGAAGCCACAGUCAUUUGAAGACAAAGUGCAUGCCACCAGCAAUACCCCUGGCUCUGUCAGAAGAUACAGUUUGGGCCAAGUGUCAAAGGAAGAGAAAAAAGAUGUUACGUUUAACAGAUGCAGGAGCUUUGCUUGGCACAUGUCAAUGGAGGAUGUGAGUGCAGACCAUGGGGAAAUCCAGGAAGAUAGAGACCUGCCAGACAGCGUGUAUUUUUCAGAAAUGUAUCCACUUGGCCCCAGAAAGGUAAACACUGAUCAACCAAAGCUGGAAAGUACUGCAGAUACUCACCAAAGUGUUGUUCAAGGAGACUCUGAGAACUUGCCAAAAGAGAUGAAUUCUCCUCACAGCAGUGAGGAGAGAAAUUCAGAAACCACAGUGAGUCCUGAAGAACCACAAGAUAAACUCUACUUGCAUCUCAAGGACAACCUCAGUAGAGUGAAAGCCUAUACCCUGGAAAUGGCACAGAAGCUCCCAGCCCCAGACCAGUGCACCAUUGAAGGUUCUGAGAGAGGCUCUGUGGCCAGACUGCUUUUCACCUGCUCCCUGAAGGGCCUUUACUGCCUCUAUAGCAAGUCCAGCUUUGUCCUUGUCAGCCCAGACCCUCAGCUCUGGAUCCGGCUCAUGUUCCUGUUCCAUCAGGCCCUGCUGACCGAGCCCCUGCAUGCACACAGCCCCUUCGUGCAACUGUCCCAGGAGCUGUGGGAGAAGACACGAGUCGACGGGCAGCUCAGCUUCAAUGAAGCCCUGCUGGAGUGCCUCUUCCCACCACAAAAGGACCUGGAUCAGCUGCAGCUUCGACUGGAAGAAGUGAGGUUCUUCGAUGUAUUUGGCCUGAGCGAAGCUUCGGCAGGAUCGUGGCAAUGCUUCAUGUGCAACAAUCCGGAGCGAGCAGCUGUUGUCAACCAGGAGGGCCAGCCCCUCAUGGAGGGAAAGCUCAAAGAGAAACAAGUGAGAUGGAAGUUCAUCAAAAGGUGGAAGACCCGCUACUUUACCCUGGCUGGAAACCAGCUUCUGUUUCAGAAAGGAAAAUGUAAAGAUGAUCCGGAGGAUACCCUGAUAGAACUGAGCAAGAUUCAGAGUGUCAAAGUGGUGGCCAAGAAGCGCAGAGACCGCGCCCUGCCACGAGCAUUUGAGAUCUUCACCGACUGUAAAAGCUACAUUCUCAAGGCCAAGGAUGAGAAGGCGGCAGAGCAAUGGCUGCAGUGUCUCCAUGUGGCUUUGGCGCAGGCACGCGAGCAGGAGAGCAAGGAGGUCAGCACCUACCUGUAG